CUUAGGGUCAGGAGAGGAUGUGACUGCAACGCCAGGAAACUACGGAGAAAGUUUUGAUUAAAAUACACACAGACAAACAAAACCAGGUCCUGCUGUGUCUGCUGGUGCUUCUCCAGGAGACACAGUGAUGAAGAAGGUGUGGGGGGCCCAGCUGUGCUGAAGAAGGUGUGGGGGGACCAGCUGUGUGAGGAGUUUGUGGCCCAUUCACACACACAUGACCAACACCACCCCCCAGAAGGAAAGAGCCGGAACCAGCAGCCUCUGACCCCUCUGGGCGCCCUGACCAACCAGCCACAAGGACAGAGCGAGCCCUGACCCCAGUACACUCGGGCCAGACAGCCCGUGGCUAGGGGUAGCCCUGGGCCCAGCCUGCCCUGGAGGCCCAGCCAGAGCUAUGGCAGGUGUCUGUGACGGGAACCCUGACUUCAUCUCCCCGGCUGGAGACCAGGUCCUGAGGCCUGCUCUGGGCAGUGUAGUCACUCUGAACUGCACGGCCUGGGUGGUCUCUGGGCUCCACUGUCCUCUGCCCUCAGUGCAGUGGCUGAAAGAUGGGCUGCCACUGGGCAACGGAAGCAACUACAGCUUCCAGGAGGGCUUCUGGGUCGGGGCCAACUUGUCAAAGGUGCUUGUGUCCAGAGUCCUGGGAGUCAACCUGACCACUGCGGAGGACUAUGGAGUCUUCACCUGCUCGGUCCACAACAUCAGCUCCUCCUCCUUCAUGCUCUGGAGAGCAGGUCCGCCCGGCCAUGUGGCCGCAGUGCUAGCCUCGCUCCUCGUCCUGCUGGCGCUGCUCCUGGCCGCACUGCUCUACGUCAGGUGCCGUCUCAGCGUGCUGCUCUGGUACCAGGACGCCUACGGCGAGGUGGAGGUGAACGACGGGAAGCUCUACGACGCCUACGUCUCCUACAGCGACUGCCCCGAGGACCGCAAGUUCGUCAACUUCAUCCUGAAGCCGCAGCUCGAGCGGCGUCGGGGCUACAAGCUCUUCCUGGACGACCGUGACCUCCUGCCCCGCGCGGAGCCCUCGGCCGACCUCCUGGUGAACCUGAGCCGCUGCCGGCGCCUCAUCGUGGUCCUGUCGGACGCCUUCCUGGGCCGGGCCUGGUGCAGCCACAGCUUCCGGGAGGGCCUGUGCCGGCUGCUGGAACUCACGCGCAGACCCAUCUUCAUCACUUUCGAGGGCCAGAGGCGCGACCCCGCGCACCCAGCACUUCGCCUGCUGCGCCAGCACCGCCACCUGGUGACCUUGCUGCUCUGGAAGCCCGGCUCGGUGACACCUUCUUCUGAUUUUUGGAAAGAGCUGCGGCUGGCGCUGCCACGGAAGGUGCGGUACAGGGCAAUGGAGGGGGACCCUCAGACCCAGCUGCAGGACGACAAGGACCCCAUGCUGAUAGUCCAAGGCAGCGUCCCGGAGGCUCGGACCCUGGAUCCUGAGCUGGACCCGGAUCCUGAGGGAGACCUGGGUGUCCGAGGGCCUAUCUUUGGGGAGCCCUCAGCUCCACCGCGUGUAAGUGUGGUCACGCUGGGCGAGGGCCUGGGCAACGACAUGGACGUCUCGGACCUUGGCUCCCGGAACUACAGCGCCCGCACUGACUUCUACUGCCUGGUGUCGGAGGAUGACGUGUAGCCGGCCCCAGGCUGCCCCCAGAACAGCAGGCUCACCAGGGACAGCUGGGGGGAGGGCUGCUCAGCGGGAGGACCCUUGCCCUGCCCCGGGUUCUGGGACCUCUCAGGGGAGUGAGGCCUCAGGGCCCAUUCAAGUGCCAGAAAAAUAAAGUCUUUUUGGAUCCUGCCUGGACCACAACCCCUCCUCUCCUGCAGCAGGAAGGGUGGGUGGGGCCGUCCACAGUGUCCUGGACAGAGCAUCCCCUUGGCCUCCUCCCCCUCACUCCAAUAUCAGGCUCCCUGGGGCCCUUGACUUUUCCCUUCUUUCCUCCAUGUUCACUGGAUCACCAAAUAAAGCUCCUUCGCCCUGCCCUCCCUCCCUUCUCCCCAUACUGGGGGUUCUCAGGUCUCCCUCUGGGUCCUCCCUGCUGCUGCUGGCAUGACUGUCCCCAGCCCGCCGAUCCUUAGGGUGGGACCGGCUUUUAGAGACCUCAGGUUCCAAGCUUUGCAAACAUUUUUCAGCAGCAGAACCUCCUGUUGUGAAAACAUCCACCAUAGCCUCACAUCCAACAGCCUGGCCCUGGGUGCGAUGGGGACCCAGAACCAGCCUACCGGACCCCAAACCUCAGGUGGAUAGUGAGAGGCCUGCUUGGCACCCUGGCCCAGUGGGGCAGGCAGAGGGGUGUUGGGCACGUUUGAAGGUGGUGUGUGGGGGCAGCAUGGAAGCCUGCACUGGUCACAGCCCCAGCCUCGUGUCUGCUUACAAGGUCUCCAGCUCUCCUGCACCCACUGCCCCUUGUCUCAGCCUUGCCAGCUCUCCCCACUCUGGGCAUCCCCUCCUCCCUGUCCUGGGUCGGGUGACCUCAGAAGCCAGUGUGUGAGCCUGUGUGUGUGUGUGUGCAGGGCAGGUGUGGGUGUGCACCUCCCCCUUUAUUAAAGGCCUCCCUGAAUUAGAUGCUCCCAGGUCAGGCAGUCAAAGAAGCACACAGGGCUGUGGCUGCUGCAUCCUCGGCCACUUUUAUUGCCCAGUGUUGGCCGUGAGGCACUGUCGGGCUGUGCUCAGACCCUCCUCAGCAUGGCCGCCCCCCCCCCUUUUUG